AUGCCACGCGUCUUCACCGUAUUGGUCCUGCUUUGGGCGCUUCCGCACGCGAGCGUGGAGGGGCGGCCGCUGAGGAAAGAGGAGCCGUCGCCGCCGAGUAUUCACACUGUCUUCAGCGCUGAGUGCAACGACUAUUUUGACUGGCAGACCGUGGCUCUGGAACACAGUUUCCGCACGAGCGGCCAGCCCGGUCCGCUCACCCGGCUGCUCAGCUGCAACCCGAAAGACCUCGGUACGUACCGGGGCAUGGACCUGGCGCCGACGUUCGUGGUGCCGUCGUGGAGCAGGCACCCGAAAACGGGGGACUGGUACCCGGCCAUCAACAAGCCGCUCUCCAUCCUGCACUGGCUGACGCACGCUGACGUUACAGCCGAUUAUGUCGUCAUCCUGGACGCGGACAUGAUUCUGCGGACGCCCGUCCUGCCCUGGGAGCUCGGCGCCGCUCCUGGGACCCCGGUCUCCGCCAGGUACGGCUACUUGGAGGGCUGUGCGAAUGAGCUGGUGCGGCUGCACGCGAGUGACCCGGAGCGAUGCGACCGGGUCGGGGGCUUUAUGGUGCACUAUACGCAGGAUUUGCGCAAGCUGGCCCCGCUGUGGCUGUCCAAGACGGAGGAAAUGCGCGCGGACCGCGCGCACUGGCACUUGAUGGGCGACAUCUACGGACAGGGCUGGAUCUCCGAAAUGUACGGCUACGCUUUCGGGGCGUCCGAGGCGGGGCUGGUUCAUAAGAUCGACGACUUUACCAUGCUCUACCCCGGGUACGUACCGGCCGAGGGUACCGGGCCCAAGAUCCUGCACUACGGCCUGCCAUACGGCGUCGGGAGCUGGACCUGGGAGAAGGGUCACUAUCGUCACACGGACCUCGUCAACACGUGCCGCGUCUUUCCGGAGCCGCCGAACCCUGCCGAGCUGCCUUCGACGGACCCUUCCAGAAGGCGCGGCGAUCUGCUCGGCAUCGAAUGCAUGGUCGGCAUCAACCGGGCGCUUCUGGAGCACCACGCGAAGCGCGGCGGGUGUAAGGAGAUUUUUGAAGACUUUGGGAACGGGACGGUCCACAGGAAAGAAGGGCACGUGGCAGCAUCCGCAAAGGAGCAAGAACACGUGGCAGCUUUUAGAGCGACGCCCGAAAUGCGAACAGCUGGAGCAGGGAGGGGAGCAGGCUCGGAGAGCGGAAGCGGACGAUUCGUUGCUGCGCGGUCGGUAGAAAAUGGUGAGAGCGGCGACCGCAAGGGGGAAGAGAACGCGGGGACGGUCGCCGGGAAGGCUGACGAUUCGGCUGACGUGAUCGAGCGGGACGCGGCCGCGAGAAGCAACGCGGCCGCGAGCCGCGCGCUAAAUCCGAGGGUUUUGACCCAGCCGUUGGACGAAAUGCCCAACGGGGUUCUGUGGGCGGCGCUCGUAUACGUCAUCCUGGUGGCUUUCUGGCUGGUGACGACGCGGCGCAUGACGCAGUCGCGGCCGCGGCCGCGCGCCUCUCUCGAGGGGUUUAGGGGUCUAGAAGGCGCGGUCGGACGGGCGGAGACCGGGAAGGCAAAAGAGUAG